AUGUGUAAUAAUGACCUACUGUUAAGACACCGGAAGAGCGAUCGAGAAACCCCUGGCAAGCCGAACAAAGCACCACCGCCCGGAGAUGCAGUAACAGACUUGUCCAGUAGUCGAGUGGAGGACAAGGAUUUUGCAUCCGGCGAACCAAGCAAAACUUCAAAGCCAGCUAAUGGCGAAUUAAUUCGGCCAAAUGUUGAGCCGCCAACUCUGGAUGAGAUGGUCAAGUGGCGCUACAUUGGUGUCUUGACAAAGAAGGAAGCUGAAACUUUUGUAAAUUAUUCCACCGAAUUUCGUCUUUACCACCAGUGGAAUCCUCUUGUACGUUAG